AUGGCAAAGAUUGCCCUAACAGACCCGGAGCUUCACGGCCCCUCAAACUGCUUGAAGGCCCUUAUCGCGAUCGAAGUCUUGUAUCUUACUUCGCUGGCCUGUAUCAAGAUAUCAUUUCUGUUAUUCUACCGCAGACUAUUUGGGGGGAAAACAUAUAAUAUUUUAUGCAGUAUUAUAAUGGCCAUUAUCAUUAUCUGGGCCAUUGCGGGUUCUUUCGUCGGCAUAUUUACCUGCAGUCCCGUCCACGCCUUCUGGACAUUUUCGCUUCUACCCACAGCAAAGUGCAUCAAUACGCAGCAUUAUUACAUUGGCACAUGGAUGCCAAAUCUAAUAACAGAUUUAAUGAUAUUAUGCCUACCUCAAUUGAAGGUGUGGAAACUGCAAAUCGACAUGCGGUCGAAAAUUGCUGUUGGGAUGGUAUUCUUGCUGGGAAGUUUUGUCAUGAUUGCUAGCAUUAUCCGUUUCACGACCCUUUUUCAAGUCGACCUCGCCGAUAUCACAUGGACAAUGUCUACCCUGGCUAUCUGGACUAGCGUUGAGCUUCUCACCGCCGUCGCUAGCUCCUGUAUGCCCCUCAUGCGUCCGAUUUAUCUAAAAGCGGUCUCUGCUGUAUUGAAGCAGUUUGGCAUACGCUCAACGAAAUUGGGUGGUUCCACAGGCUUCUCUGGGGAUGACAGGACUGCACUUUCUGGAACGGGAAAAGCUCCGACCCAUAGACGGCGUAGGCCCGACUUUGAAAGGUUGUCUGAUAUCGAAGGAAGCGAGGAAUUUACCAUGGAGCCAAUACCACAAACGACUACGGUAAUAGAAAAUAAUAGAACGAUGCACGAAUACAACGGUAGUGAUAGUAAGGGAGUCACAGUGACGAGAGAUUGGAGCACGAGUUCGUGGAAGGAGGGCAAUGAAUAA